GAGAAGGAAGCCAGUCGUCCGAGGUUGUGGAACUGCCAUCCAAGCGCCUCAAGGUUUCUCAGAAGGAUGUUUCCUUUUGCAGAGUGGAUUUUCUUAAGGAAAGGGACUCAGUCUUCCCCUGUGCGGAAGAGGAAGUUUAUCAAUUCUUGAAAGUCUUGGAAAGGGACAAGGCUCCGAAGAGUCGAAUAGCUUCUGUCAUGGAAGCUUUGAAUUUCACACUUCAUGUGGUCGGCGUGUCGGAGCUGCAAGGGGUUUGCCAGAGCAGGCGAUGCAAGGGCUUGUGCAUCACGGAGUGCUUCACUGAGGCGAAACACGCCCCUCCGCUAACCGUGGACCAGCUUUCAAAGUUGCAUGCUGUGCUCGAGGAGCAUGCGGAUCCUUGGACCCGCCUCUUCGCCGGUGCAGCAUUGGUUUGUGCUUAUGCGAGGUUGCAGAGCAGGCGCCACAGGUUUUUGCAUGCAGUGGCUCCCGCACUGGGCAUUCGGCCCUACGGCCAUCUGUGGAAGCAGUGCCGCGAGCAGCUGGGGGUUAAGGAGAGUGGUGCCUGUCCAUUCAUGCCGGCGCCCGACGCUCAGGGGCAGCCUACCAUCCGUGCUUUGGAUUCAGACGAGGCUACAGCUUGGUUGAGGAUGCUGUUUAGUCAGACGAAAGUUUGUGACGACGCAUCAUCAAAAUCGCUGAAAGCAACCGUCAUAUCUUGGGCGGCCAAGAGAGGAGUGGAACCUCUUUCCUUGCAGAGGCUCGGCUACCACGCAUCAGGUGGGAUCGACAUAGUGUACAGUCGUGAUGCUCAGGCCCCGCUAGUGAUGUUAGUUGAGCGAUUGCUGAGGGAGGUUGCCGAAGGAUCUUUCAAGCCGGAUGAUACCAGGAGCGGCCGGAUUGUGACCACAGGUGCUGUGUCUCUCGUGCAGCCGGUUCAGCCGGUCGGCUCAGAGUUGGCUGAGGGCCGAACCGUAACCCCAGGCAGUGCGCCCCAGGCCCGUCUGCCGUGCAAGGAUGAGCAUUUGCCUGGCUCCGAGGGCGAUGCAGGGACGGUGCAGGUUGACAGUGAUUCUGAGGGGCUCGCUUCGGAGGGUGAGUCCUUUGAAUCUUCGGACGAAGACGAAGGACAGCCGAUUGCAUUGGUAGCCCAGGGCCAUCUGGUGCCACCAGGUUUCGAUGUUUGGAGGCACGACUCCUCGGGGGUGGCUCACCUGGCGCCCAGGGCACAUUUUAAGAACUUGUUUGCUUGCGGGCGGAAAGUAGGUAGAUUCGUGAUUUGUCACGCAGGGCAAAAUGAGGUGUCUCCAGACGGCUCACUGCACUCGGCGUUGCUCGGCCAGGGCAUAAAGAACUUCCGACAAUUAGCCUUUUCGAUAGGAACGCCUCGGGUGGAGCCAUCGGCCGCUCAGUAUCUCGAAUUGGCGACCCAGAUUUUUGGUGCAAGUCCUUCGCUUGGAAGUGUGGCAAUGUUGCGUGACUUACACUUUGAAUCAACGACCUACGUGAUACAGGUGUUCAAAGAGCACGCAACGUCAGAUGGCACAGACACCCAGGUUAAGAGAUUGCCCAUGCCCGAGCGCGCGGCACGGGCAGAAGAGCAGCAGCGUCGUUUGAGCGGUGUGUCAAUUUCGGGGGAGCUGCAGCCCUCAUAUAGCCUCAUCGACAAGUGCAAUACCAUGUAUGAAUCAGGAGCACUAGUGUGGCUGGCACCUUCCGUUUGCAGCAAGAGGGAUGCUGAGGUGUCCUUGGGUGUCAACGAGAAAUCUCCUGUUGUUCAUCUGGAAAAGGAUUCAUUGAAGCUUCCCGCCCCCGCGCAGAAGAUCCCAGUGGACUUGUCAAGUCCACUGUGCUUGCAGUGGGCGUGGCAGAGAAGAGGCAUUGCCUUGGAUCAGUGCAGUCUCCUCACGUGGAAGGUUCACGAAGAAUACGUUCAUCGUUUGUUGAACUUCUUGACUGCGCCUGUGCCAGCAGGUUGGAUGCAGGUGAAGCCCGAGCAACUUAUUCGUGCUGAUAAGGAAGUGUGGACUUUGUUGGCCAGAGAAGUUCCUCCUCCCUAUAAAACCUUGGCCGACGGCACUAAGCCUUUGGAUCAACCUUUCAAGGCGAUGGCUUUCGACCAGCGCAUCCAGGUGUGGUUAUCCCCAGUCUUGAAUACUGGGGCCCCGACUGGGGGAUCGGGCUCGCCCACGGAUGCGGUUAUUCCGGAGAUUCCCCCGCAUGUGCCGAAGCCGCCCAGGAAGCCUAAACUUCGCAAGAAAGCCAGCAAGCUGAUGCCAGUCGUGGAUGGUUUGCCGUGCUGCGCCAAAGGUCUUGGGUCGGUGGAUCCGGGCCCCGAGCCUGCGCCAACUGACCCACCGAUCAGUGCGAGAUCUGUUGAUGCCUCUUUGAAGAAGAGGUGCGACAUCCUUGAGUUAUUUGACGCCUUGCCCAAGUCGCCUUCUCCUAGACAGUCGGAAGGCCGGGACGAGGCCUUUUCAGCUGGGAGCUUUGUUCAUGGAGGAGUCGUUGGAUUGCGCAACAACACCAGUGUUUUCGCUGGUGCCGUUGAGUUGAUAUGCAAGUUUUUGCGCGGGCUGAUGAAGGGAGCACCCUUCACUUCCGUCACGAUCUUGGAUCAAUGUAUGAGCAGCCUGCAUGUCGAUUCAAGCAACGAGCCAGAAAGUUGGAACUUGAUAGUGCCCCUUUCUGAUUUCAGUGGGGGUAACCUGUGGUAUGAAUGUGAGCAAGGCCGCGAGCCCUGCCCGUCCGACCCGACUUUGCUUGGAAAGAUUUUGCGCUUAGAGCUGGGGCCUCAGUGGCUGUCCGAUAUGCUAGUGGUUGAGCUUUGUUGCGGCAUAGGCGGCAUCAGUAAAGCCUGCGGUGAUGCAGGAUUCCAGACCUUGGCACUUGAUGUGAGGAAAAACCGCUGUCUCGCCUUGCAAAAGCCGCCUUCCCUGCCCCAAAGCCUCUUAGGAAUCAGGUGUGUAAUCGAGAACCCCACUCACUCAGUCUUCUGGGUCUCCCUUUGGGCAUCCUCUGAUUUUCUCACGCCUUUGAUCGCAUCUUGCCCGGGCGUGCAGGUUGUCCUGAAAGCCGGGGCCCUCGACGAUACAUCAUUGCCAGCCGCUGUUCAAAGGCAGGAACUGUCGACCGCUAGGCUGGGCAACCACUUCGGGAUGCCCCACCGAAAGGGCACCUUUCACCUUUUAUCUCGGCAUCUCUCUACGUGGGGGGAGGUGCAGGCCGAGAAAAGGGUGCCGAAUGUUGGUGUGCAGUGCAAGGUGCUUGAUCCCCAGCCGCAUACAAAAGUGGAGGUCUUCAGAUUUGGGAUACCUCUACCUCCCGAAAAGUUCUUGCAGAGAGCUGUCGACGUGGGGCACCCACAUGCCUUCGCUUCUAGCUUGGAGCCCACCUUGAAAGAAGUUGUCGAUGAAAACAUUUCGGGUGAUGAGGUUGUCUUGUCUAAAAAGAGAUUGAAGUUUGUAGCAAAAUGGACGGCCAGGGCUAAGGAGCUGGACAGCCGAGAAGCCGAGUUGCAACAGUCUCUCCCGGAGCAUGUCAGAAAAAUUCUGAAGGGGAAGCGGUUGCUUCUCUGGAAAGAGAUGAUCGAAGAAUAUGACCUUCCGGAUAAAGGCUUGAUUGACGACAUGAUGGCUGGUUUUCCCCUCUGCGGUUGGCUGCCAAAGAGCGAUGCAUGUCCUGCUCAGGUCCGCAGGCCAGAGUUUUCUGGUGACACGUUGAAGCAUCUUGCUGAUGGUCUGAAUAAGACGACUCGUGAGAAGAUGGCUCAGCGACAGAGCCCAGAGCUUGAAAAGGCAACGUGGGACGAAACUUUGGCAGAGUUGCAGAGCGAGUGGAUUUGGCAAGCACCUGACAAUGAGGUGGGUGUGAAGGUCUACGCCAGAAGAUUUGGGUUGGAUCAACAUGGCAAGAUCAGGGUGAUAGAUGAUUGUAGUUGCUGUGGUUUGAAUGCCACCGUGGGCGUAGUUGAGAGGCUUGUCGUACACGCCAUUGACCGAAUGGCGUCCAUGCUUGCCUAUGCCCUGGAGGUGUCCAGGGAUGCAAGCGCGUCGUUGUGUGGACGAACGUACGACUUAAAAUCCGCUUAUAAGCAGUUUCGUGUAUCUUGCAAGGACAGGGAUUUGUUGCGCAUGUUGGUCAACUGCCCACACCGCGCCUCUCCCGUGUCAGUAGGGGUGAACUCUCUACCGUUCGGAGCGAUUGGCUCCGUCGCUGCUUUUCUCAGAAUCAGCAACUCCAUAUGGAUGAUUGGGACCAUGGCUCUCCGAGUGCUAUGGACCGCGUAUUUUGACGUUUACAGCGUGGUUUCAAAAGUUCACCUUAAGAAAAACACAGCCUUUGCCAUAGAAUCCCUUUUCAAGUUGUUAGGCCUAACAUACGCCCGAGAAGGGAAGAAGGCUCCCGAGUUUGCGCCCGUCUUUAACAUGCUAGGCUUGGUUGUAGACGUAAGCCAGUUUGGGCAGCAUCGCGUGAGCAUUGGACACACUGAGAAGCGUGUGGCAGAGCUGCACGAAUCUCUUGAUCAGGUGUUGACCGAUCGCUGCUUGAGUGCCAAACUUUCAGAAAGGUCAGGGUCGCUGCGACACAGCUUGUCUGCGGCUGCAGUGAAGGCCAUAGGCAGCGUGGGAGCCGUCUUGUACAACAACGCAGGCUGUGCAGUGGGGGCUUUCGGCUCCACCGUUCCCCAGACUCUCUUGAAUAGGUUGCUGGCUUAUUCUAAGAACCCUAUUUACGAACUUGAGCUGCUUCCUGUGCUGUUGUCGCUUCGAGCAUGGGGCCACCUUCUCAGGCAAGGGCAGGUCGUCUCUUACGUUGACAACGAAGCAGCAAAGUCAUCGUUGAUUAGGUCCUCUGGGGCUACCGAGGUGGCAGAGAACAUCGUUGAAGCCAUCAGGCUAAUUGAAGAUGGCCUACAAAUUCGAUGUUGGUUCUCUCGAGUUCCUUCAGCGAGCAAUCCAGCAGAUGACCCUAGCAGGUUGCACUUCGAGAAGAUAGAUCCUGCUAUAAUCCUCGAUGCAUCAGCAAUGUUGUGGGAUGUGCUGUCUGGCACGGGUUAA